ACCUGUAUCGUCGGCUCCACUCCUUUCAAGCACCGCUCAGAUACCAAGCGUUAAAAUAAAACGUUUAACCAGGAAGGAGGCUAUUUGAGCAUUUAUUUAUCUUUCACUUGCAUAUUUUAUUAUCUAUCUCGGUUAAUAUCACCGAGAAUACACAGCGUCAGCUCUUCAAAAUAAUGCAACAGCCGUCGUGUUCUGGGAGGUGUUAGUAUCUGCGCCAGCCAGGUAACUCUGAUCCUCUGUACACCUGCACGCGAGAGACAGGAUCUGAAACAGGUCCAGCUUCCUCUUGAGUCCUCCAUCAUGAAGUUUCCAGCAUUGCUGUUGGGUUUUGUCUUGGUGUGCUGUCUGGGCAUCGCUGGCUACAUCCAUAACAGACGGAAGCAGGAACUGCAUCUGAAUAAACAGGCUUCAUUUCUAGAUAUUAAAUUCAGAGUGACCAGGGAUGUUCUGGGGGAAUACGAAGAUCAGUUGAUCCUGUCCAACACAGAAAUUGAAAAGAUUAAGACAGAGGUGGAUGCUCUAACCAAAGACGUGUCCCAAGUUAAGACCUUAGUGGCUCAGAAAAAGAGUGACGCUGAUAACUGUAAAGGAGACCAGAAACGACUCACAGAUGAAAUUGCUGCUUCAGAGUCAGAGAAGAAACAAAUCCAGGAUGAGUUUGUCAAGGAUAAGUCUCAUUGGGUAACGGAGGAUGCUUCUCUAAAAAAACAACUGGAGCAGGAGAGCGCACUCUGCAAGUACAUCGACAAGACCUCUGAGGAGGGAAGGAAACUGUGUAACAUAAUUGAAGAGCCCAAAAAGUCUGAGGCAAAGGAACCGGCAGCAGACAAACCCAUGCCUGAGGAAAAAAAAGUUGAAGCGCCAGUAGCUGAACAGCCAAAAGUAAAGGUGGAGUGAAGGAAAACCAAGUGGAUUGAGUACGUGUGUGUUAAGGAGACGGAAAACAAUACUAUGUCAGUAUCCGCUGGAGAAUUGAAUAGGAAGAUUAGCUAAAGCUGAACAUCUUGCUUGGGUUGAUCUCCAACAUUCCACAAGCACCUCUCAAAUGACAGACACACACUUUCUCAACCAUGCACACAACAAACCUGGGUUUGAAGUUCGACGGGUCGGAUACCAUCAUGCGUUCUGUCAUAUUCCUGGUCUGUUUUGGUUUAUAAGAAAUAUGGGA